AUGUAUUCAGAGAAUUGGACUCAGGUAACAGAAUUUGUGCUGAUAGGUUUCCCUGAAAGUUGGAGCCUGCAGAUCAUACUAUUCUUGGGGCUUCUGGUGACAUAUAUGGUGACAAUCCUGGGUAACUUGCUCAUCAUUGUGCUUAGCUGGUUGGAUCACCGCUUGCAAACCCAGAUGUAUUUCUUCCUGAGAAAUCUGUCCUUUCUAGAGCUGGGGUGGGUUUCUGUUGUAGUCCCCAAGAUUCUGGUCAGUAUCAUGACUAGGGACUACUCUAUCUCCUUUGCUGGCUGCAUCAUGCAGUCCUACCUCUAUUUCCUCCUGGGCACCACUGACUUCUUCCUCUUGGCUGUCAUGUCCCUGGACCGCUAUCUAGCCAUCUGCCGUCCUUUACGCUAUGAGACAUUAAUGAAUCGUCCCAUCUGUAUCAGACUAGUAAUGGCUUCCUGGAUUGCUGGCUUCCUUUGGGUGCUCUGUCCUACCAUCCUCAUGGCUAGCUUACCUUUCUGUGGCCCAAAUGUCAUUGACCACUUCUUCUGUGACAGCUGGCCACUUAUGCGGCUCUCCUGUGGGGAUACCCAACUUCUGGAAUUUGUGGCCUUUAUACUUUCCACAGCGGCUCUUCUGGGCUCUCUGGCACUGACUUCUAUCUCCUAUGUCUGCAUCUUUGCUACUGUAUUCCGAGCUCCAACAGCCAAAGAAAGAAGGAAAGCAUUUUCUACCUGUGCUUCACACCUUGCUGUGGUUGUCAUCGCCUAUGGCAGCUCUAUCUUCCUCUAUAUUCGCACAUCAGAGACCCAGUCUAUGCUCGUUAAGAAAGGGGCCUCAGCCUUGGCAUGUAUCAUCACUCCACUUCUGAAUCCAUUCAUCUUUAGCCUCCGUAAUGAUAAGGUGAAGCAGGCCCUAGGGGAUGCCCUGAGAUGGCACAGGAACAUAAGCUCCAGAAGGUUAUGA